AUGAACGCGUCAUCUCCCAAUCUGACGGUGGUUUUACAGUAUCGAGACUCCUUCACUAAAGCUGUGACCAAGAACGUGAUUGUUGUGGUUAUCGGGAUCUCCAUCAACUGCAUCAAUGCAUGCCUCAUUCACACUUUCUGCAAACACCAGAUCUUCUACAUGAAUCCUCGCUACAUCCUCUUCAUUCACCUGGUGGUCAACGACAUGAUCCAAGUGACGCUGUCCGUCAUCCUGUUUGUCAUCAGCUACACCAUCUACAAAAUAAACGUCUCCGUUUGUUGCACCUUCAUCCUAGUUACUCUUAUCACCACUGAAAACACGCCUCUGAAUCUGGCUUCCAUGGCGGUAGAGUGCUACGUCGCCAUCUGCCUCCCCCUUCGCCACGUGCAGAUCUGUACAAUCCCAAGGAUAUUGAUGCUGAUUGGUUUAAUCUGGACAACAAGCAUGUUGUCUGUUUUUCCUGAUCUGUUCAUCACUUUGACCACAGAGCCACUGGACUUCUUCCAUUCCAGAGUCUUCUGCGUCAGACAAAAUGUCUUCCCAGAUCCCCUCAUCCUCAAGAAGAGAGAUAUCACAUAUUCAGUGUAUCUAGUUAUAAUUUGGAUCACCAUCUUUUACACAUAUCUCAUAAUUAUGUUCACUGCACAAACAGCUAGCAAAGAUGCUAAAAAGGCCAGAAACACAAUCCUGCUUCAUGGGUUUCAGCUGCUGCUUUGCAUGCUGUCAUAUGUAACCCCCCAGUUCCGAGACGCUCUGCUGCAAUGGUUCCCUAAAAGUUAUACAGACUUGCUCUUUGCUGUCUAUAUUACCAUACAGAUCCUGCCACGAUCGAUUAGUCCAAUCAUCUAUGGCAUACGAGACAAGACUUUCAGAAUGUACUUGAAAAGGUAUCUGCUGUGUAAAAUGAACCCACAGUAA